UUCGUUGCUUUGAUAAAGGUUGCAAAGGGAUCGCUGCGUUUGUGUCCGCAGAAAGGAGCAGAAGCAAACGUCAACCGGGACCUGCCUUUCUGCACCGCCGCGCUGUCUUUUGUUAAGAGUUUUCUGAGGCUGUUUUGUGUUUUUUUUGAUGUGUGUGUUCUGUCUCGAUCUGAAUUAUUCGGGCGCCGGGGAUCUGAGGAAAUUGGCUAAAAGAAAAGCCCAGAGCCGGAAUGGCAAGAUGAGCUGUGCCAUGUUCUUCUUACUCGGCUUUUAGCUUUUAACCCUUGCAGUGCUUGCCAGUGGAAAACGUCUCCUGGCCAGCGAGCACCAGGAACUGGAUGUAGCAGCCGGGUCGCCGCUGCGGUCUAUUGUCGGGUGUCGUAGUUAUGCAAAUGGAAGGAAAUGAUAUUGGCAUCUCAAAAAACUUGAUCUUGGAUUGAUGGGAAUAUGGAAGGAAUUUAGGAAAUUAUAAUUCACAGAUUUCUUACAGUUAAUGCAUUUUCCAGCAACUCUAGUUCUGCAAAUACAGGCCUGGUGGUUUCUAUUCGUGUGAGGGACGGUAUGAAUUACAGAGAAAUUAUGCAUUCAGUUGGCUGCAGUAACACUGGCUGCUGUCAGUCUGAGAAGGAGGUGACCCUCAGUGCUGAUGAUGUGAGUAGCGAUGACCAGUUUGACUUGUGUUCUUCUCAACCGGACAAACUUUAUGGAAACAGCUACAAGCCAAUAAGCUGUGUAAAGCAAGAGUCGCUGGAGGAACCGAAUGCACAAAUGGGUGUUGGAAGAAACGCAGAAGCCCAGGAUGAUAUGAAACGAAGGAAAAACAUUUUCCGAGCGGGGAAACGAGGAAGACCAUCAGGGACGACAAAAGCUGCUGGGUACAGAACCAGUACAGGCCGACCUUUGGGAACAACAAAGGCAGCUGGGUUCAAGACCAGCCCGGGCAGGCCCUUGGGCACUACCAAGGCAGCAGGAUACCGGGUCAGCCCAGGAAGGCCGCCAGUAUUUAACAGGCAAAAGCAAGAUCGAAGGAAAACUCAACAGCCAGAGAGUUGAGCACUGUACUUAACGCUUCUACAUAAUCACAAUUGGACAUACAAAAGAGUUGAUUGACAACUACGUGAAUCGUUCAUAGAAAGGCAGGUUUUCACAUUUAUUAAACGUACUACUGUAAUGAUAACACUGGUUUCAUCAGAAGUAUUCCAUGUAUGCGUCUUUAAAGUUUAAUUACAUAAUUGUAGCAUCCGUUGUAGCUGACUAUUGUCACUAAUCCAACACUUGAGAUAUCAUCUACUGUCAAGAAUAUACCUCGGACUGGUUUUGCAUAUCCAGCAUUCGCAUUUCCUGAACUGGAAUGCUAGUUGUCUGUUUCAUAAUAAAACCAUUUUUUUUCCAGAAACCUUUGCAGAUGAUUUUUUAAAUGGACUUAAAAGUGAACUGUAUCCAAAGCUGAUACAGUAAUUGUUUCAAAACUGUACAUGUAUUGAUGCUUAGAGCUACACUGCUGUUUGAAAGAAUACCCUUGCUCAAUAUUUUAAGUUGGCAAACAGAUGAUCUUUCAUAGAUGCUGCAUUUUAUGGACACUAAUGUCUACCACCAGAUACUGCUACAAGUCCAGGAGAUCACUAAUCUUGAACAAUCCUCAACUGUAGGGGUGCCUCUGUUUUAAACACAUCUGUUACAUGUUAACAAAACUGCAUGCUUCAGGUUUGUUGUUACUUGUGAUGCUGUAUUGUAUAUACAAUUGCUGCAUCAAAAUGCUUGUAUGUAACGGACAAAGUUUGUACUGUUGUUGUAUGAUAAAGCUGUUCUAUAUUUUGCGCAUGUUAUUUUAGGUGGGAAAUUUACUUUCAAGGAUCUUUUGUUUAUGGUUUAGUGGGUAAAUGGAUCACAUGGCACAGUUAUAGACUAGGACAAUGUCCAAAAUGGUCCUUGCUCUUUGCUAAAUUUCCUCAUUUCAGUAGAGGUACGGACAUGAUUGUGUUUCACUAUGAUAUUCUCGGUCACUAAUUCUCCAGUUGACAAUUUGUCUAAGCAGGCUUUGGAAGUGGAAUGUGAAUAAUGGAUGGGGGAAAAAAAAGUGUGGUCACUUAGAGUAGUAGCAUUUUACACCAAAGAAAGUAGCUUGUUAUCCCUCUGCUGGAUCCCACAAGAUUAUUUUUUUUAAUAUCUUGACCUUGACUAUCACAUGCAGUAUUUACUCUCAACUGAGAAAAUUGCUGUUCUACCAUGGGCAAUUCUAUUAAGUAUAGAAAUGCCCCUUAUGUGUGAAAAUAAGGAGCAUAUUAAGGAACGUAAAUUCUUUUCUAAAGUUGUUAUGUCUGGAAGAGUCUAAAUUUGGAAAAUUUCUGAUUCGUUUUUCCUAACUUUCUCAAAUGCAGAUUUAAAUCUGUUAUGGAAUAUCAAAUCAAAAUUCUAUUCUGAAUGACCUAAAAUGAUAUUUUGAAAGGUUCCCUAUUUUUACAUAGGUCAUCUUGAUAGUGACUAAACUACAGUUGUCAAUGAAUCUGAACCAUGUACUGCAUGGAGAGGCCCUAGUUAAUCAAUGUGUUGUUACUGUCUCCUUCAUCUCCAUGCAGUAAAAUUGCGUCUCAGUAAUAGCCUGGUUUUGAGACUGAGGAAGAAACACUUCUAAGGCUGUCAUCCACUGGCCCUGCUCACCUCCACAAAGCCUGUGCUACUGUUGAGUAAUAUUCUCAUGUGCUUGGCACUUGUGCCCAAUUUCUCACCAUGCCAUUCAAUAAUUGGCUGAAAUUGUUUUCUGUCCUUGAAGUACUUGAAUUUUAGUUUCUGAUUUUUAUUUUAGGUGAUUAUAUCCUGUCCUCAAAAUUAAUUGUGGGAAAACCUAUCUGUUGUGAUUUUGUCAGGGAUUGUAGCAAGGAAGAGGACUUUUGUUGCACAUGUAAAGGGAAAUUAAUAUAUCUGCUUGCUUUCUCAAUGACACAGAAACACUUAGUUUGUUACGGGGGAAGUUGUUUUGGCAAAUACAUUUUUGGUCAAAGUGGAGGACUUAUCAUUUACUGGACCACAUACACGAUGUUCCUUGACUGACAUAUUUGAAAAAGAAGUGGACAGAAAUGUAGAUCUGCCAAGGGUAGUCAUUUUUUCUGUCUGAGUAUAAAAGUUCAUAUCUGCUGGAACUAAUGCUGAUAGAAAAUCAAUUUAUUUUAAAAUUUAUUUUGUUAUGCAAUAUUAUUUUAAAAUAUUAGUUUGCCUUAGUGUAUAUAAAAUUGAAACAACUUGCUGAAUUACUUCCAAAGUUCUACUUUUCCUCGAUAAUCUACUUUCCUUCUCUUCAGGAGAGUAGACAGCUAGUUAGUGCUGCAGCUGUUACUAUUUGCUGUUUGUAGUACUUACAUUUGCUGCUGAUUGCAAGAGUUCAGUAUCAAUUUCUUUUCCUUUCAGAAGUGGAACCCUGCUUCUAAUGUGCAGGGGGUUCCAGUAGCAGUUACUAUUGCAGACCAACAACUAUCUACAAUGGAUAUCUUGUGAUAUCUUAAGUGUUGAAAUGCAUCAAGGCAUUGCAGCAAUUUGGCAAGAAUCACCUGUCUCUGCAGACAAAAAAUCCACCAUGCUUCCUUGUUUUCAUGGAUAAUAUUUAAAUGUUAUGGCAUUAAGAAUUUUUUGAUUAUAAAGUAGAAAUUACUUUUCUAUUAACAAUUCUUGAGAUGAGAAACUGGUGAAACAACAAUUAUAGUAGUCACGUUUUUGGUUAGUUCUAAAGUGAUCUACUUAGGAAAUCAGUUUUCUGUGCUUUACGGCCAAAGUAUAUUUUUUUAGGCUUUUUGAUCUAAAAGUUAGUUCUAAUUAAACAUUACUGGUCUCUGAAUAACAGAGAAAGUUGUGUUUUAUUAUCCCCCUCGCUUGAAUCUUUAAAUAAAGGACUGUAUUAAAAUCAUAAGUGGUACAUUAUAGUUUUUCAUUUAAAAUGUAGCCUUCUUAAAGAAUCUCAAAUUGCAUUCUUGUCUUGAAUUCACAUUCAACUAAUUAUUUUUGUAGGCAAUCCACUGCUUUCUUUUUCUGUAUCCACAUCCAAAUAAAAUUUUA